ACUGGCCACGUCAGUCUAUCACUUCAUUCUAUUUCAACAUGGCGGCGACUAAAGCAGUGAGUGAAGCAUUUCAUGUAGACAAAGAAACUGACGAGGUUAUGGGCGAAACGUCAGACGAAGUUGAUCCACAACAAGCUAUCCUGUGUUUAGAAAUUCUUCCAAUUAUCAGAGAUGCUCAAGGACAACAUGGGUUACGUCAUGGGGAUUAUCAGAGAUAUAGGCAAUACUGUCAGCGGAGGUUGAGAAGAUUAUACAAGACUUUGAAUUUCCAGCAUGGUUCACGAAACACAUUCAAGGCAAAGAAAUUAACACAGGAACUGCUGAAAGAUGUCAAGUAUUUACACAUUCCUUUAAUGGAUGCAGAAAGAGCUUGGAGUCAUGCAAUGGAGUUGAAGCUAUUGGCUAACACUGAACUGCGCAAAAAGUUCCAUUACAUUAGAAGACUUCGUAAGGCUGCAAGCCAUGCUACUCAGUUAGAAGAGCUCUGUUCUGGUGAUGUCUGUGAUGCCAGAACAAAACUUGAGGCCCAGGCCUAUGCUUCUUACAUGAAAGGCAGUGUCAGUUUUGAGCUGCAGAAUUGGAAGGAGGCUUUUGAGUUAUUUGGCCAUGCCCAGACUAUCUAUGAAAAACUAGCUGGGGCUUUCUCUGAGGAACAGCGCACCAUGUAUCUUCAGAGAGUUGAAGAGAUCACUCCAAACAUCAGAUACUGUGCAUACAAUCUUAAUGAGGGAACCACAGACAUUAGUGAUUUAAUGCAGUUGAGGUGGAGUGCUUCUUCUGGAAGCACAACACAAGAUCCAGUUUUAGCAGCCAAAAUUGAUGAAGUUAUUGCUCAAACACGCGAGAGAGAAGCAGCUGCCAUGACAGAAGUGAGCUGGUGUGGCCGUAAUGUCCCAGUAAAGAAUGAAAAAGUUCGCUCAUUCAUACUCCACUCCCAACAAUGUGCAAGAGAAUUAGAGAGAGCUAGUACUUUAGACAGCAAGCUUACAUUGUAUGACAGUUUACUCAUGGAGUGCAAGGAUGCCUUGCAAGCAAUCAAAGACGAGUUAAAGGGAGACACAGGUUCUGGCAAGAUGCGGUCUCAAAAGUUUGAGGCACAAACAGGAAAUAUGCAGUUUCUUCACAAUUACGUCACUUUUAUCCGUUUGAGUAAAACAGUAGAAAGAAACUUGCUUAUGGCAGAGUCAAUGAAAGGCAGUUUACCAGCAGUUCUACAGAAUGCUGCUGAGGAAAUAACAGUAAAUACUGUCAAACGCCUUUCCAAGCCAGAGGACCUUGUGCGAAUAUAUGACAUUAUAUUGCAGAACCUUUCUGAUAUGGCUGAGUUACAAGAAAUCGAUCAAGACUUAUUGUUUUCCAAGGAGGUUGCAGCUCAAAUAUUGGAGUGUAAGGCCCACAGGUGUUUAUAUGUAGCCCAUUCGUACUUUCUUGGCAAGAAGUGGCGUGAGGCAAUGUCACUGUAUAACCAUGUUGUGAACCUUGCAAGCUCUGCCAUCACUCAUUUCCAAGAAUUUAACUCACUUGUGCAGGUGAUAAGCAGUCUUCAAGAACUUUUGUCACAAGCCCAAGGCUUCAGAUGUUCUACUUAUGCAUCUUGCCUUUUAGAGAAUGAAGAGGUAUCAGAUGAAAUCGCAGUUAUUACUUUGAAUGAUAAGCCACUCAGUAAGCGAUUGGAAUACUAUUUUUCUGACUAUUCGCUGACGACUAAGAAGCCGCAGGUUACUUCAUUUCCACCAGAUUUUAAUCCGAUACCUUGCAAGCCCCUGUUCUUUGACCUGGCUCUCAAUCAAGUCAAGUUCCCGUCAUUAGCUCACAGAGUAGAGGAAAAGAAAAGUGGCGGACUAGCUGGAUAUUUCAAGGGUUGGCUGUGGGGCUCUGGACCUUAAAUAACUGUUUGAGAUGAACUAAAUGUUCGGUCAAUUUUGAGCACAACUGUAGUUUAGUCUAUUUUCAGUAGCUUGGGUUAAAACUAAGGCACUUUGUGUUGAGAAUAUUUCACAGAGUGUGUAUGAAUAGUUCGAACCAACUUUUGCACCCUGAAUGCUGCAACGAUUUACGAUGUAAAUCACCAAAUGGAGCGCCACGAAAUGUAAUCUGCCGGAGAUUUAUUAACCUUGGACGCCAAAGGAGUAGAUGGUUUCUCUAGACAUGGGAAAAAUACAGUUCUAGUGAAUUAUAAUCGUUUUUGCCGAAGUUUCAGCUACAUACUGCUAGUCUUUGUCAAGCAGCGAAACGCCUGCAGGCGUUCACACGGGAGUUUGUGUCUACCAGUGGAUUGCAAUAUUCGGAUCUAAGGUUUUAAUAAACGCUCAUUACGGUCAACAAUUGUCAAGGAGUCCCUAUAAAUAACAGAGUCAAGUUCAUGGAAUGAAUCUACUGAAUAGGACAACUUGCCUAGAUUGGCUGUUACUGUUCCCUGAUAGUACAGGUAAUUUGUUGUCUUAUCGUGAUAUAUAUUCGCAUAAAUGA